AUGUCGGCAAAUGAAAUCAAACAGAACGGCUGGACCUCUGUCCCCCUGGAUCCAAGCAAGCUGUUCGGUGGUGAACCCUUCAAGAACCGCCCGGGGCCACUCCUCGUCGCCGACAUCAAGUUCCCGGAUGACGAUCCUAUCGUUGCCAAGGUCCAGAACUAUGCCAAAGAAAAACUGCCUGUCCAAACUUUCAAUCACAGCAUGAGGGUCUUUUAUUUCUCAAGCGCUAUCAUCAAACAACAAUUCCCUGAGCAUGCAGAGACCUUCUCGCCCUCCACUCUCGCCCUGACCUCCCUCCUUCACGACAUCGGCACCGCCGAGGAAAACUUGGCUGCCACACACAUGUCGUUCGAGUUCUACGGAGGCUUCAAGGCCCUCAACCUCCUCCUGGAGCUGGGAGCCUCCAAGGACCAGGCCGAAGCCAUCGCUGAGACCAUUAUCCGUCAUCAGGACCUCGGCACGGUCGGAAACAUCACGUUUCUCGGUCAAGUCAUCCAGUUGGCCACAAUUUAUGACAACGUUAGCGACCACCCGUACCUGAAGAACAUUACGGAAAUCAUUCACACCGACACUCUCAUGGAUGUGAUGAAGGCUUACCCUCGUCUGGGGUGGCUCGGGUGCUUUGCGGACACCAUUGAUCGCGAAGAGAAGCUCAAGCCGUGGUGCCACAGCACUCACAUUCCCGACUUUGCUCAGGCCAUUCGCAACAACACCUUUAUGCAGCCAUAUGAGACUUAA